AUGUUCCCUGUUGUUUACGCUGACGUCACGGUCUCCAUGGGCUUACUGUCCAUUCUCCGUAGACUGAAGCAGACUCCAGAACAGGAGGUGCGUUUACUGUUGCUCGGUUUGGACAAUGCGGGAAAGACGACUUUGCUAAAACAAUUGGCAGCUGAAGAUGUGAGUCACAUCACCCCCACACAAGGGUUCAAUAUAAAAAGCGUCCAGUCAUCAGGAUUUAAGUUGAAUGUUUGGGACAUUGGAGGUCAACGCAAAAUCCGCCCCUACUGGAGGAAUUAUUUUGAGAACACAGACGUGCUGAUAUAUGUGAUUGACAGCUCAGAUGGGAAACGACUUGAGGAGGCCCGUUUGCAACUGUUUGAGCUGUUGGACGACGAUCAACUCGCUGCAGUGCCACUGUUAAUCUUUGCCAAUAAGCAGGACUUGAUGACGGCUCCGUCUGCAGCUGAGCUGGCGGAGAGUCUGCGUCUCCAGUCCAUCCGUGAUCGUAUGUGGCAGAUCCAGGCUUGUUCAGCGCUAACGUCUGAGGGACUCCAGGAUGGUAUGAGCUGGGUUUGUAAGAACAUAACAUCACUGAAGAAGUGAGCGAGGAAGGAGAAAAUCUAUUUUUGUUUGUAUUUCUUUUUUUGUACUGCACUUUAUU